CGUUAGAUAAAUGUGAAGUGAACAAUGGUCUGUGCGAUAAUAAUGCUACAUGUUCGCACGGUAAUCCUGAUUUUGGUGAAAUAAUAUGCACAUGCAAACCUGGCUACCAAGAUGUUGAUGCAGGAGACACUGUACUAUGCGUCGGUAUGUAUUUAGUAAAGUGUUGGUAAUGGAAAGUUUCAGGAGAUUGAAAUUUUUUGAUAAAAUGUAUAUAUUCGGAUUGCGCUUUUGAUGCUGAUCACGAAUAUCACCUUUUUUUUUCUGUGAAGUGGAGUCUUCAUAGAGAUAACUGCGAAAUAAUGAGACGCACUUAAGUAUCGAAAAACUGUGGUGGUGGGAGAAAUAGAUUUUACUGUCGAUCUAUUUCAUUUCGGGCGUGCUGGGCGAUUUGAUAUUCGGAUUCGUUUUAUGGAAUCAGUUGUAGCCAUUUGGUACAGAGUUUCUAUGUAAAAUACAAGAAUUCUUAUGUAAAAUACAGGAAUUCUAUACCGCAUGGCUAUAACUAUUUUCAUACAAGGAAUCCGAAUAUCACAUCGCCCAGCGCGAAAAAUGAAAUGGAUUAGCAGUACGAUCAGUCUUUUGCAGCAAGACAUUUUUUCGAUUUUGCAGUGCAUCUCAGUAUUUUGCAUUUUUCUCUAUGAAGACUCCAGUUAAUCAAAAAAUUAGGUGAUAUUCGUGAUCAGCAUGAGAAGACAAAUGAGAAUAUGUAACUUUUAUCAAAAACUUAAUACACUGAAACUUUGCAUUAGCGGCACCUUAUCAACGAGUCUCAUGGAGUAAAUUCAUUUCUGUCAAAACUUUAGAUAAAUGUGAAGUGAACAAUGGUAAAUGCGACAAUAAUGCUACCUGUUCCCACGGUGAUCCUGACUUUGGUCAAAUAAUAUGCACAUGCAAUCCUGGGUACGUUGAUGUCGAUCCGACGUCAAAUGUACUAUGUGUCGGUACGUGUAAAGAUCUGCUUCUGAUUUGCCAGUUUCGUUGUGAUGUGUUUGAAGUGAGGGAAAGUGUGGAAAAAUUUGAUUCGUGUACGGUGAAUUUUUGUAUGAAUGCUUUGUGUUUGAUUUUGAAUUUUUGGUGUGGGAUGUGUGAUAUUUUGUUGGGUGGACACGCGUAUGAAGAGUGGAUUGUUUUGAUAGAUUGUAUUGGUGGGUUAGUGUGUUGUGGCGGUGAUUGUGGAAUUUGGUUGGGAUUUUAGAGUUGUGGUUUAGAUUUUGAUGCGAGGAAUGCAGAGGUGGUAUAUUCUUUGUGGGAAAUAGUUUUUUGGCAAGGGACAGAUUUUUAGCUUGGAGUUUAUGCUGCAAUUUUAAGUAUAUUGAAGUUUUGUGCAGUUGAACAUGUUAGAUUUGGUAGCAUAGGUUUAGGCUUAUAGGCGGUUAGCUGUGGUUGAAAGUAGUGUUUUAAAUUUAGUGGAAUAGUUAUAUUUGGUACAGCGUGUUAUUUUGUUGAAUUACGCGGAUUGUUAUGGGUAGAUUGUUAGGAGUAUUUUUAAAUGCAUUAAAUAGUGUAGUGCAGAAGAUGUUGUAUUUUUUUGUUGUAAUGAGAAACUAGUAUCUAUUUUGGACGAGCAAUGAUCGGAAAAAUCCGAUUAGCUAAGAUUGAUUUUAAUUAAAGACAGCGAGUUUUUGAGUAUUUUAUAUCAUAAGUUAUGGUGCUGAUUCGAUAUUUGUUCCAAACGUAGGUAGCGUGCAACCGGCUUUUGUUUAUUGGCAGAAGGUGCUAAUCAGGAACUGUGUCUCUAAAGUAUGUUUACUGGAAGAUCAUUUUGGAUUUUGUGUGAUUUGUGGAUGAAUAUUUUUGCACUCAAAUCAAUUGUCUGAUUUUGAUGCUUGAUUACAUUUGAUAAUCACAAUUAGAUGCUGUAUUGAAAGUGAAAAAUAGUUUAUGGCAUUGUUAGUUACAAUGAUGUCUGAGAAACUCUUUAACGUUCAGUCAACUAAGAUUAAAAAGAGGGAUUACUAUAUGUAGGGCGCACUCUACGAGUUGCAGGUCAUUAAAGUGAAAUGGUGAAACUCAGUAUUUAAUGAGGUAUAUAAAUUGCAGUAAUUAAAAAGAAAAGUAGUACCAAUGUAGUUUAGCGCUGUGUACAAAUUACAGCUGGUUAAGUGAACGUAAUGAAACUUAAUCUUUAGCGAAGUCUAUAAAUUGCAGGAAGUUUAUAAAAUGUAUCUGAAAGUUUAAGUUAUUUUAAAAUUAUUUUCAGUAAAUUUUUGUUUUUGAAAGUUGUAAACCGAAAGGUAGAGACCUAAGGUUGUUUUCGAUUUGAUUAAAUUAAAUUUAAAAACAAAUGAAAGUAUAGUUAACAUAUGUUGAAUUUCGGUUUUAUUUUCGGAAAUGAGAAGAUAUGGUGUUUUGUAUAAAAAACUCUGAUGUAUUUGAUAAAUAUGUCUGAAAACUUUAGAUAUUUGUGAAUACAACAAUGGCGGAUGUGACAAUAAUGCUACCUGUGCCCACGAACCUAACAGUGAUGCAGUUAUAUGCACAUGUAAACUUGGCUACACUGAUAGUGAUCCAUCAGUAACAAACGUAGUGUGCGUUGGUAUGUGUUGUAUUUGGAAAGGAAUUUGAUUUAUUGAAUGCAUUGAUGUGAAUACUUUAGAUAUUUGUGAAUAUCAGAAUGGUGAAUGUGGUAAUAAUGCUACAUGUUUGCAUCCACUAAACAGCAAUGCAGUUACAUGCACAUGCAAACCUGGCUACACCGAUGUUGGUACAGCAGGGAAUGUAGUAUGCGUUGAUAAAUGUGAGGUGAACAAUGGUCUAUGCGAUAAUAAUGCUACAUGUUCCCAUGGUAAUCCUAACUUUGGUCAAAUAAUAUGCACAUGCAAGCCUGGCUACCAAAAUGUUGCUGCAGGAGGAAAUGUACUGUGCGUCGAUAAAUGUGAAGUGAACAAUGGUGAUUGCGAUAAUAAUGCCACAUGUAGCCACGAUAAUCCUGACUUUGGUAAAAUUAUAUGCACAUGUAAACCUGGCUACACGGAUAGUGAUCCGUCACUGACAAAUGUAGUAUGUUUGGAUAUUUGUGAAUACCAGAAUGGUGGAUGUGGUGAUAAUGCUACAUGUGUCCACGAACCUGCCAGUAGUGUACGUGUUUGCUCAUGCAAACUUGGCUACAUUAAUACUGAUCUGACAUUUACAAGUGUUGUGUGCGUUGUUACCACCACGACAACUACCACAACUAAAGCGCCAACAACUACCACAACUAAAGCGCCAACAACUACCACAACUAAAGCAGCAACAACUACCACAACUAAAGCACCAACAACUACCACAACUAAAGCACCAACAACUACCACAACUAAAGCAGCAACAACUACCACAACUAAAGCACCAACAACCACCCCAACUGCGGGUUAA